AUGUCCAGCCAUUCAGUCACUCCGGUGAUCAAUGCUGAAGGAGAAACAGCGAUUCCAAGCUUGAAGACAUUGCCCGCAACACAAUUAAAUAUUAGCAGAGACCAGACCAAUGGUAUUACCGCUAAGCCUGUUGCUGGGUUGCAACAAUCAUUAGGCAGUUUGCCUAUCUUCAAUCAUUUGCCUGUAAACUCUAAGAUUGGUGUUGAUGAUCUCACCCGUAUGAAGAUGGCAUUGUUAAGUGGAAUAGACGAAGAAGUUAAAUUUGCAUUGAAAAGAUAUUUACGGUAUAGCAUUAACGCUUCUUAUGUUAUCAAAUUGAAUGAGAAUUUGGAUUUGUUGCCCAUUAUUAUGCCCUUGAUUACAGCAUGCAGAGAAUACAUUCCACAGCUUGUUGGCCCAAUUUCCAAUCAGGCUUUUGAAGCCCUACAAAAAGGUUCAAUUACAAUGCUUCUUUUGAGAAAUUUGGCACAGGACUCGGAAAACACUUCGAUAUUAGCCACCGAUAUGGAAUUGAAAUCGUUCAUAUUGUUCGUGUUGGAGUGGGCAAAUACGUUCAAUUCGAAGGAUUCGGCAAUCUAUCAGUCACAUACAUCCAGUUUCAACGAAUUGUUAAUCUAUACUCUUGAUUUAAUGGAGGCGAUUUCAUCUUAUAUUGCACCAGCAAAAAAAGACGAUCUAUAUUUCCAAAACCUCUGUUUGAUAUUUCGUGAUACAAAGGAUAGAUACUGCGUGAUCUCAAUUUUGAGAUCAUUAUCUAGACUCUUGGUGAGAUCUAAAUCGGACCAAAAGAGUGCAGCAGAUAAUUUGGAUGAUAGUUUGUUGAACAAGAUUGUUCAUAACCUUUUAAUUGAUAGGGAUGAAGAGUUAAUAAUUGCUUCAUUAGAUUUCCUUUAUCAAUAUAUAUUACCUGGUCAUCAGAGAAUAAAGACAUUACUAUCACAUAAGGAAAGAUAUGAUAUCCUAGUUAGUACUCUCCCUGUUCUCCUCACGUAUCAUGUAUCAACCCCUGAUUAUCAUGCCCUUUCGAAUACUAAUAUCAAACUUAUACAGAGGGUAAAACCUCAACCACCAGCACACGCGCCUGAAUUGCCAAUGCCACUGCUCAAGGAAUUAUUUGAGCUAAACGAACCAAUGCGUGCCACUUCCUGGUUGAGAUGCUGCUUUGAGAGAUCUCUGAAUGGCGAAGUAACACAGAUUCUUCUAUGGAAAACUUAUGAACAAACAUUCAGCGAACAAGUAAAACUAACAGAUCGAAAAUUGAUAACUGCCGUUGAUUUCAUUAAAAAUGUUUCGAAUGCUUUGCCCGGUGCAUCCGCUUUGGUAGUUGUAGAUGAAGCAACGUCGAAGAAAAAAUUUGUAAUAAGAGGUAUACAGCCUCGCAGAAAAGCUCUUUCAAUCGUAGAGGCAAAUAAAGAUAUUGACCAGUCCUCGCCUAUACAGACUGAAACCCCGGAUGAAUUUGAAAGCAACAAUACUCCAUCGGAAGCAGUUCAAAUUUGUUUGCCAGAUAUUGUUUUCCCCGAGAAUCUUUCUGAUGUAUCUAAAGCAAGUGCGUCAUUCCUUUCACUUGUUUCUAACGAUAGUACCGAGAUCGUGGCACAAUUUAUUCAUGAUAUGAAACCUUUGAUAUUACAUCAAAUUGCUGACGUGCCACCUUUAAAUACUGUUCUUUUGGACUUCAUACAUUCAGGUUGA